CCUUUCUCCCCGCCCCCGCUUCAGCCGGGAGUCUGACGUGGAAGUCGCUGCCGCGAAGGACGCUUUGCCGGGGCCGGGGCCGGGGCCGGUGCUGGGGUCGUGGAGCCCGAGGAGGCCGAUCGGCCGCGGCGACGCUGAGGCCCGAGAAGGCAUUACAGGACUCGGGGGCCGCGCACUGAGCAGCGGGGAGCCGGCGCAGCCAUGGGUGGCUUUUUCUCAACUAUUUUUUCCAGUCUGUUUGGAACACGGGAGAUGAGGAUUUUAAUUUUGGGAUUAGAUGGAGCUGGAAAAACAACCAUCUUGUACAGAUUACAAGUUGGAGAAGUUGUUACUACUAUUCCCACCAUUGGUUUCAAUGUCGAGACGGUAACAUACAAAAACCUUAAAUUUCAAGUCUGGGAUUUAGGAGGACAGACAAGUAUCAGGCCAUACUGGCGGUGUUAUUAUUCAAACACAGAUGCAGUCAUUUAUGUUGUAGACAGCUGUGAUCGAGACCGAAUUGGAGUGUCCAAGUCAGAGUUAGUUGCCAUGUUGGAGGAGGAAGAGCUAAGAAAAGCAAUUUUAGUGGUGUUUGCAAACAAACAGGACAUGGAACAGGCCAUGACCCCCACAGAGAUGGCAAAUUCACUCGGGCUCCCUGCCUUGAAGGACCGAAAAUGGCAGAUUUUCAAAACAUCAGCAACUAAAGGCACUGGCCUUGAUGAGGCAAUGGAAUGGUUGGUAGAAACAUUAAAGAGCCGGCAGUAGCCUCACGUGAUGAAGGCAACAUCAGACAUCCCUUCAGGAACAGUCACAAGAACCACACGCUACCAAAUGGUAAUACAGUUCCUGGCCUAUGCUGGACUGGCUGAAACACUCGUAAGAUCGAAAAUAAAGUUUUUGUUCAAGGGA